AUGGGAAACGGAGCGAAUAAAGCAAGUACUCUCACGACUGAGGACAAGAAAGAGGAUGAAAAGGAAGAAGAAAAGGACAAUGAAGAGGAAGAGGAAUGGGAUGAAAACCUUCCAAACGGAUACUCCGAUAUGCCAAUACAGGGUCAAAUGAAAAAACGGUUUAAGAACGUGGUCAAUAUGACAAGGAUAGCUGGACGGAUGCUGAAGGCACAGGAGGAACGUGCAAUAGAAAAGGGCAGACAGAAUACGUCUCUUAAAGAACCGGAGAGGGAAGAGAUUGUAAUACCAGAUACGAUGUAUAUGUAUCCCCCCGCCAGACCCCCAAAGAGGAAGAAAAAAGAUGUCUUCCACGAGUCCGACUGUAUAUUGGCUGAUGCUGUAGCAACACGGGUGGACGCGGAAUCGGUGAAUACUAUAGACGAAUUGGUGCGAGAACUGACCAUUAAAAUGAAGACGGACCUGCAGAAGCUGAGAGCGUUAUUCAUGUGGCUAGGUGUACAGCGAAUACGACACCGGACGUACCCCACCACCGUCGAUCCUAGUACUCCCAUGGGACAUCUCAAAAGAAUGGCUCUGGGGCGAGUCUCCUAUGCUGUCAUGUUCACUCUCCUGUGCAGAGCUGCUAAACUGCCGUGUGUGAUUAUUAGAGGAAUAGCCAAAUCCGCAUCAUAUGAGGUAGGGGACAAGAAUGUCGAUUCUCUGAGAAAUAUGUGGAACGCUGUCUAUGUGAGUGGAGAAUGGCGGUUUGUGUUCCCUUUGUGGGCCUUAUCAGCGGUGGUUGGCAAGACAACGGGAGACUGGACACUUGUAGAAUCUAAAGGUGACCCCAUGCGUGAGAGACAGGAAGAAUCUGCUGGAGAGUCCGUCAGUCAGGUAGACGACUAUUAUUUCCUAAUAGAUCCAGAGGAAUUCUGCUUCACGUGCUUGCCAGACGAGGAGAAGUGGCAACUCCUUAAAGAACCAAUCAGUAAGAGAAAAUUCAUCCGGGUACCAUACCUAUGGCCGCCAUAUUUUCAAUAUGGAUUACACAUUUCGACCAAGUUUGAUUCUAUCAUUAAGACUAAAAAGGGGAAGUGUAACAUCGCUUUUAAGCCUGGACCUGUGUUUGUUCCCCUGUCCUAUGAACUGUUUUAUAAUCACAAGGAAUCAGACCGAGAUAUUCCGGACGAUAUUCAGUUAGAGAGGUAUGUGGCGGUAAUGAACGAGGCAGACAAAACUAACUUCGUGUUGAGACUUCCGGCUGACGGCGUAUUUAAACUGGAGGUUGUUGACGAGGCAAAAGACUGGAUCUGUUUCUUUAAGAUUUGGUGUGAUGAGAACAUAGAGCCUUGGGAUCCCUAUCCCAUUCAGUCUACGAUAGGGUUUGGACCGUGUAAAGAGACAGAGAAUGCUGGUCUCAAGGUAGAGACGCUGGCCUAUAGAAAUGGUGUUAUAACUAUGACAAAGAAACAACACAUUCAGAUUAAGUUCACUUUGCUAAGAAAUCUUCAAAUUCGAACUGAAUUAGUGCACAAUACGAUAUCCCCCGCGGAGUUACAGAACUACGUAUCACACAAAAUUUUGGACAACCAACUUACUGUUCAUUUAGCACUCCCUCAAAAUGGAGAGUACGCACUCCAGAUCUACACCAAGGACAAGGCUAAGGGGUCAAACGAGGAGUUCCGAAACGCUUGUAACUACCUGGUGGAGACGGACGUGAAACCAAGAAAAGACAAAGGCUGGGAGAACGCCAGAGAGAAACUCAUACGUCAGCGUCUUGAUGAGUCGACCAGCACAUCGAAAGAUCCAAAGGAAAUAAAGAAAGCACUUCAAACGUUCAAUGACCUUGAACUCAUAAACCAUGGGGAGGUCGAUCGUGCACAGAGACGUAUUGGCUAUCUAGAAGUGAAAAGUAGACUACGGGACGGUAUAAACCGGCGCCAUGUUGAGGUACUUGAGGAAGCAUUACGGAGAGCCAAGGAUUCUGAGUAUAGGGACAAGGUGGAAUCAAUGAUAGAGGAUGGAGAGAAUCUCCUUAAAUAUCUUCAACAUAUAAAACUGUACGCCCACGACGUACUGGCCCUGCAGCGUACCACCGUGUCCGAGAUUCACCGCUACAACAUACCCAAGCAGUCCAUCCAUGACGUCAUGAAGGCUACUUUCCUGGUCCUCGGCGAGCAAGAAGUAUUAUUGGAGGAGUGGGAGGUCAUUCAGGAUUUACUGAGGAAAGCGGGGCGGAGUAACGUACUUUAUAAGAUCGAACAUUUUGACACCAUCUACCUGGACAAUGAGACCGCCCAGCGCGCAGCUGAUAUUAUCUCCCCUUACGAUAAAUCAAACUUGUUGGAGGCUAGCGCAGCUGCAGGAGCUUUCUAUGUCUGGGUUUACAAUAUUACAAAAGAAGUACUGAAGUGGACCGGGUACUACGAUGGCAAUGCAAAAACUCAAUAA